CAUAGUUCAUAUCUUCGCUCGUGUUGUCGUGUGAUGCGGGACUGUGAGAGGGGGGCUUUACCGUCUCCUCGUGUCUCAGUCCUCAAACACGGAGACAUAUUCAUGGUAUCAGGGGGGUUAAAGUCAUCUCGGGGGGUUUUGCAGUGCGAAACGAAUCAGCACUCUUAUCUGUUACUGGGGGAUGAGCGACGACCACAGCUCGGAUAACGGCAAGAGAAACUCUGGGUAUACCAGUAUUGAGCAAAUGCUGGCUGUGAAUCACGGGAAGACGCCCAUCAGUCUGCUGCAGGAAUAUGGAACGCGGAUAGGCAAGACCCCAGUGUACGACCUGCUGAAGGCCGAGGGUCAGGCCCACCAGCCCAACUUCACCUUCCGCGUGUCGGUGGGAGACAUCAACUGCACCGGCCAGGGCCCGAGUAAGAAAGCUGCCAAGCACAAAGCGGCAGAGGCCGCCCUGAAAAUGCUGAAAGGAGGAAUGCUGGGAGGGAUCGAAGGAAAUGGGAUAGAGGGAGACGGAUUUGUGGGGAUCGAUAUGGAGGGGGAAUGCAAUCAGUCAGAGAUGAAAUCCUCCAGUUCAACGCAGCAAGCUGAGUGCAAUCCAGUUGGAGCUUUGCAGGAACUAGUGGUGCAGAAAGGUUGGCGUUUACCCGAGUACACAGUCACUCAGGAAUCUGGACCCGCUCACCGCAAAGAGUUUACGAUGACCUGCAGGGUAGAGAGAUUUGUGGAGAUAGGUAGUGGUACAUCUAAAAAGCUUGCUAAAAGAAACGCAGCCGCAAAGAUGCUAUCUCGUAUACAUGAUGUACCUGUGGACAUGCGCACCAGCCAUGAGGCCGAGGCAGAAGAUGACACCUUCGGCAUGCAAAUGGGAGGCAGACUUGAGGGAGGAAAGUCGAAAGGUCUCGGCUGCACGUGGGACUCUUUGAGGAACUCUGCCGGUGAGAAGAUCCUGCAGUUGCGUUGUCAUCCGCUGGGUCAGCCCGAUUCCAACGACUUAAAUUUCUGUUCUCUACUUCACGAACUUUCAGAGGAGCAACGCUUUGAUGUCAGCUACCUGGACUUGGAGGAGCGCAGUCUGAGCGGUCUGUACCAGUGUCUGAUUGAGUUGUCCACUCAGCCAAUCACCGUCUGCCAUGGAUGCGCCUCCACCUUGGACACAGCACGUGCCAGCGCCGCACACAACGCCCUUCAGUACCUCAAGGUCAUGGCAGGGGGAAAGUAAACCCCCGUAACUCCUCACCUGUUACUAUUAUUCUCCCUGUUUUGCCCCCAAGGUGCAAUAUCAAGUGAGUAUAAACAUAGUUGUACUACCCUUAGUACUGUGAAUUAUGGGCCCUGUUGUUUCGUGUGGCAGAUGCACUCUGUUGGUCUGCAGGGGGCGCAGUAGACAGAGUUUCAGCCCUGUAGGAGGAACUGAUGCCUUUGUUUUGCUUCAUGAGCCACGCCACAAUGAGUGUACACAUUUAUACCAAUGCCUACAAAGUUAGGCAGGGUACACUAAUAAUAUUAUUUAUAUUAUUUUCUAUGAUUCUUUUUAAAAAUAUAUUUCUUUUUUGCUUUUUAGCUGCCAUCAAUUUGUUCUUUUUAAGCAUUGAUUUUUAAUAUUUAAAUUGUGCCAUCUUGUUGGUACUCAUAAAAUUGAACCCAUUAAACGGAAACACGUUACCAACAUUCUAUUUGUUUUGUUUUUUAAAGCUUGUAAAUGUGUUUUAACUAUGUCUCAUACACAUUGCUUUUCAUUUGGCAUUUUACUGAUGGAUGUUAUUUCUCGACUAUGAUUUUGUCGUAUUAUGUGUUUGUUAAAUAAAGUUUUUCAGCUAUUAAAACUACAAUGUUGUUUUUUGUUUGCAUUUUCUAUCUCUGAGAAAGUUUUGUUUGCCAAUUCAGUGUACAAUAGGCUGGACAAACAUACAAAGUAUGAAUGUGCGCUAUAUGUCAUUUGUGUGUUUCUACAAUUUCAUAUACACAAUAAAGUCAUUUUGGUCUGUUGACAUUA